AUGAAAAUUGUGCAUUUAAACCCAGAUGGGAUCUUCCUCGCCACCAUCAGCCCACAGAGCAAUUCCCCACCGUUGCAAACCUACGCCCUCACCUGUGUCAACCCGGCCGCCAAGCUCCGCACCCAAGUCGACUCGCUGAACGGCGAAAACCCUACCUGGAACGACAAGUUCCUCUUCCUGGUCUUCGACGAAUUCGUCUCGGGCGACACCUCCGCCGUCUACGUCGAGAUCUUCGUCGUCGGCUAUAUCAAGGAUUUCCUCAUCAACAGCGCGCGCUUCUUCAUCGGCACGUGCCUCCCGCUGCGCGCGCCUGCGCCUGAGAGCCCGAUCGAAACCUCGGUCUUCACCGCUGUGCUGAUCGGCCGCCCUUCCGGCAGAUUCCUCGGCGUCCUCAACAUCACCACCGUGGUCUACUACUCUCCAUCAGCUUCCGAGAAUUGA